AUGGAUGGACAAGAUAGAAAGCUGGUUUGGUUUCAAAAACUUGGCUAUGCAGAAGAAGAUAUAAAGAAAGCAUUGAAAAAGCUGGGUGAAAAGGCACUGGAUAACGAUGUUUUACAGGAGCUCAUAAUCACAGGAAACAGAGCACAAGCUGAGAAGGAUACCGUAUCCCCAAAAACCGUCAUGCCAAGGCUGGUGGCUCGUGGGUGCGGCGGCACAGAAGACACUGAAAAGAGAAACCAUACAAAGGAGGACAGCAAUCAUCCUUCCAACAAUUUAAGAGCUAUAGUCAUAGACGGUAGCAAUUUAGCAAUGAGUCAUGGAGGCAAGACGGUGUUCUCAUGCAAAGGUAUAGAAAUUGCAGUGGACUGGUUUAGAAAGCGAGGGCAUGACUACAUUAAGGUGUUUGUGCCUUCCUGGCGGAAGGAACAGCCAAGAACUGAUUCACCCACAUCAGACAGGCACAUUCUGGAUGAUCUGGAAAAGAAAAUGAUUCUAGUUUACACUCCAUCUAGAAAUAUUAAUGGCAAGAGGAUUGUGUGCUAUGAUGACCGCUACAUUGUCAAACUGGCCUAUGAGAAAGAUGCCAUCAUUGUAUCCAAUGAUAAUUAUCGUGACCUUCAAAGUGAGAAUGUAGACUGGAAGCGCUUCAUAGAGAAAAGAUUGCUAAUGUAUUCUUUUGUAAAUGAUAAGUUUAUGCCGCCAGAUGAUCCAUUGGGACGUCAUGGACCUACACUCUCCAACUUCCUCAGGAAAACACAUGCUGCAUUUGACCCAGAAAAACAGCUUUGUCCAUAUGGACAAAAAUGCACGUAUGGCAUUAAGUGCAAAUUUUCCCACCCAGAAAGGCUAAAUCAGCAGCAGCUGUCAGUUGCAGAUGAACUAAGGGCCAAAACAAAGCAUGCCUUCAUUGAGUCAGAACAUUGUAAUGAGCUGCUGACAAAGGGUCAUGCAAGGUUCAACCCAGUUUUCUCCCUUCCAAGCUGCUACAAGUGUCCAGAACAGUUUGUGAGUACCAAAGAAACCGUUCCAAGUUUAAAGGUGAUGCAGAUACCAUGUCUUCCAGAGGAAAGGAAGCUGGAGUACUCUAAUAUGUUCAAGAGAGCUGGCAGCACUUGUACUUUACACCACGGUUACAAUAUCAUGUGGAUGCUCUACCACUAUCCUCUCACGGACCACUCCCCCCCAAGCCAUCGGAGGGUGGGACCCUCCAUGUUCCUUGCUGCUGUACAUACUAUCGUAUUGAAACAGUGGACGUUGCAGAUUGACAGCGCACCCAGAACGUGUGACAAUUUUCAAACCUAA